CUAGCUUAAAGAGACAACGGCUAACCCGCGGCUAGCUUCUUCUGAGAGGAAUUUAAACUAAACUCAACUUUACAGCCUGAAACACACAAACAUGUGUUCAACCGAUAUACAAAUCCAACCCGACAGAUUCCGAUUGGACGAGACGUACUUGGGCGUCUGAGCGUUCCCGCGUUUUGGUUCCUCCGCCGCCCGACACCCAGAGAUGACCGACCCUCGCUCCGCCCGUACCUGCUGACUCGGACGUAACCAUGAGCUGAUGUUCUGCGCUGACCGUUGGGAUCCAGCGUCCGUGUGUGUGUGUGUGUGUGUGUGUGUGUGCCUGGUGUGUGUGUGUGUGUGUGUGUGUGUGUGUGCGCGUGCUUCACUGAGGGCGUCCCGACACCAGGAACCCUGACGGAUUGUGGAUGUUGUGGAUGUUUUAAACGCCAGGCUUUUCCCGGAGCAUAAAUAACCGCGCCCCCCCGCGCCCCCCUGCACCCCCCCCCCGGGCCUGGUUUCCACGCCUCUCUGCUCCUGCAUGGCCGGCGAGUAACCGUGGAGAGGCCGGGGUAUCACAAGCUUAUGGAUUUUGAUAAGAGAGGCGGGAGGGCAGACGCCGAGGAGAGCAGGAGGAUGUCGAAGGCGGGCGGGGGCAGGAGCGGGCACGGCGGCCGCGGCACGGGCGCCAACUCCGGCGUCCUCAUGGUGGGACCCAACUUCCGCGUGGGGAAGAAGAUCGGCUGCGGCAACUUCGGCGAGCUGCGGCUGGGCAAGAACCUCUACACCAACGAGUACGUGGCCAUCAAACUGGAACCGAUCAAGUCCAGAGCUCCACAGCUGCACCUGGAGUACAGAUUUUAUAAACAGUUGGGAAGUUCAGAGGGGAUUCCUCAGGUGUUUUACUUCGGCCCCUGUGGGAAGUACAACGCCAUGGUCCUGGAGCUUCUGGGCCCCAGUCUGGAGGAUCUGUUCGACCUCUGCGACCGCACCUUCUCUCUCAAAACCGUCCUGAUGAUCGCCAUUCAGCUGAUCACACGUAUGGAGUACGUCCACACGAGGAGUCUGAUCUAUCGGGACGUGAAGCCCGAGAACUUCCUGGUGGGGCGGCCGGGCAGUAAGAGGCAGCACACCAUCCACAUCAUCGACUUCGGCCUCGCCAAAGAGUACAUCGACCCCGAGACCAAAAAACACAUCCCCUACCGGGAACACAAGAGCCUGACGGGUACCGCCCGCUACAUGAGCAUCAACACACACCUGGGGAAAGAGCAAAGCAGGAGAGACGACCUGGAAGCACUCGGUCACAUGUUCAUGUACUUCCUGCGAGGUAGUCUGCCGUGGCAGGGCCUUAAGGCGGACACGCUAAAGGAGCGCUAUCAGAAAAUCGGGGACACCAAGCGGGCGACGCCCAUCGAAGUGCUGUGUGAAAGUUUCCCCGAGGAGUUAGCGACGUACCUGCGCUACGUGCGGCGGCUGGACUUCUUUGAGAAGCCUGAUUACGAUUACCUGAGGAAGCUCUUCACCGAUCUGUUCGACAGGAACGGCUUCGUGUUCGAUUACGAGUACGACUGGGUCGGGAAACCACUACCCACACCCAUCGGCCCCAUACCCAGUGAUACACCGCAGCCUAGCAACCGGGAUAAAGCACCGCAACAGACCAAAGCUCAGAUCAUGAGCUCGACCAACGGGGAGCUGAACACGGACGACCCCACGGCGGGACACUCCAACGCCCCCAUCACGGCCGCCGCCGAGGUGGAGGUGGCAGACGACACAAAGUGCUGCUGUUUCUUUAAGAGGAGGAAGAGGAAAAGCCUCCAGAGACACAAGUGAUCAUCACACCGGGACGAGAACUUAGAACAUUCUGAUCACUGGCCUGUUUUAAACCGAGGCAAAUACACGGCUCACUCCUUCAUCUACACGGCACUUCUCAUCACUUCUCAUCACUUCUGCUCUGUUCUGUUUACUUCUCCUUACUUCCCUCCACUUCUUAUCUGUUCUCUUCUCUUCUGCUCUUUUAUGUUCUGUUCACUUCUGCUCACUUCUCGCCACUUUUCUUCACUUUAUUUUUCUUCUGUCACUUCUCUUCUGUUUACGUUUCCUCUUCUCCUCACUUCUCUCGUCCUCUAUCCACUUCUCUUCUCUCUACUUCUGUUCUUUCUCCUCUGGUCCCUUCACUUCAGAUUUUCUCUUUCCACUUCUCUUCUGUUCUCUCAAAAUUCUCUACUUCUCACCACUCUCUUCUUCUCUCCACUUCUUUUUUCCUUACUUCUCUUGUUCUCUUCACUUCAUUUUUCUUCUGUCACUUCUCUUCUGUUUACGUCUCCUCCUCUCUUUACUUCCCUCCAUUUCACUUCUGUUUUCUUCUAUCUUCUUUUCUGUUCAAAUUUCUUCUCUCCAGUUCUCGUUUGUUCUCUCCACUUCUCAUGUCUCUCUCCUUCUAUCCACUUCACCUCUAAUCUGUUCUUUUCUCUUCUCAUUUCUUCACCUCUCUUCUCCUAAUUUCUCUCCACUUCACUUUUCUUUAUUCUCGUCUCUUCUCUUUUCUUCUUUUCGCUACUACACUUCUUUUUACUUCUCUUGUGUUCUCAUCUCUCCACCUCUCUUCUCUUUCUCUUCUCCUCUCCGUAAUCUCUUGACCCCCGGCGCCGGCGCUCCUCUUCUGUCGGCGUGAUACAGGAACGCUGUCUGACGUCCUGAGCUGAACCCCGUGGUGAGAACUCGUCCCCCGGUGAGAGGACGCGGGAGAACCGUGUGUAUAAGAACCGAUGAUGAAGAUGAUGAAGAUGAUGAUGAUGAUGAUGAUGAGGACUCGGCGCUGAUUCUUUUUCAUGUUUAUUCUUUUUGUUGUUGAUUUGAAUCGGAGAGAAGAACCUGCGGAGCUUCACGUCUGGAGCAGAGAGAUGUAACCUCUGUGUGUGUUAUUGAUGAUGAUGAUGAUGAUGAUGAUGAUGGUGGGACAGUGGGACGUUUCUGAGCUGAUAUUUGGAGGUUUUUUAUGUCGUGAUCUGGAUUUUUUUUAACUCUUUAAUCUUUUUGUUUGUGGGUUUGUUUGCUGCUUUAUUGUUAUUAUAAUUAUUUGUGUUGAUGUUGGACUCAGUGACCGGACUCUGGUACUCUGGUACUCUGGUGGGUAACGGAGAGAUGAACUGAUUCCAAACUCUCCGAAUUUUGUUGCACUUUCCUGAGGGCGGAGACACGAGGACGACGUGAUGAGUUAAAACCGAAAGCCGCCCCGUGACCCCCGAUGCAAAAGCUGAAUCUGUACAAACCCCCGAAUUCCAGAGGAGCGCUCACCCGGUUCUCCCGGAUCUCCCGGUCCUCUCCGUUUAUGUUUCACAUUAGAAUUAUUUACCAGAGAAUCAUAGUUUGUGCCUUUCCAAGUAAAACGUUUAAAGCA